AGUUAAAGGUUUCAUCUUCACUUGAACUACAAAAUAAAACUUUGACACUUUAGGACUUAGCAUGUCCUUAGCAGAUAAAUUAACUUUGAUGGGAAAAGAAUAAAAAACAAGCGAAAACGGACACUGGAGCGUCUCUUCUUUCUCACUCACCGGAAACAAGGCAUUCAUCAACUUCCUGUGUCACGGAGCUCCAGGGAGACGGAGCAAAAAAAGCGGGCAUACCGAAGUCUUAAUUGUUUUCUCUAGCUUGGAAAUAUUUGAAAGCGCAUAUAUUUGGCUUAUAAAGCCGAAUAACUGGCUACCGUGGAUCAUUAACUCCUCCGGAUCCGCUUUGGGCUCCGAAAAGAAGCUCAUUCAUUCGGCGUUGGUAGCUAGCUAGGAGCCACGGGCCCACUAUUCUUCUGGACUUUGCUACAAGCUAGUUAGCUAACGUUAGCAGGCUAACCCAUGCGAACACGUUUUCUUUAUCAAUGAUUCUGCCUGUUACGUUGUAAAUAAAUACUCUGCCGCUAAUAUAUGUUCUAGUUAAACAUUUUUCGAUAAAUCUAUCGUUAGGUAAGCUACUAGUCGAGGCUAACUUUCCGGAGCUGCAUCUGCAAGACACUUGUUUUUAAAAGUGUUGUUCACUUUGUUGCUAGCUUAAGCUAGCCACCGCCAACUGAGCAACGCAGUCCCCGAAAGCGUAGCAGGCUUCAGCAGAGAGAUGUCGGACUUCGACGAAUUCGAAAGACAGUUAUCUGAAAACAAACAAGCUGAAAGGGACAAAGAGAACCGCCACCACCGUCGGUCCUCGUCCCGCAGCCGCAGCAGAGAGAGGAAGAGGAGGAGCAGAGACAGGGACAGACGUAGCAGAGACCGCCGUGGAGACAGUAAGGAGCGGAGACACAGACGCAGCUCACCAUCCAGCUUCCCCCAGGACAAUGCUGGAAGCCGUUCUCCCCACCGUGAGAAGAAGAAGAAGGUAAAGAAGUACUGGGAUGUCCCUCCACCUGGUUUUGAACACAUCACUCCCAUGCAGUACAAAGCCAUGCAAGCUGCAGGCCAGAUCCCAGCUACAGCCCUCCUGCCGACCAUGACUCCAGAUGGCCUGGCUGUUACUCCAACCCCAGUACCUGUAGUGGGUAGCCAGAUGACCCGACAGGCUCGUCGGCUCUAUGUGGGUAACAUCCCCUUUGGUAUCACAGAGGAGUCAAUGAUGGACUUCUUUAAUGCCCAGAUGCGUUUGGGUGGUCUUACUCAGGCCCCCGGCAAUCCCGUUCUUGCAGUACAGAUCAACCAGGAUAAGAACUUUGCCUUCCUUGAGUUCCGUUCUGUGGAUGAAACAACACAGGCAAUGGCCUUUGAUGGCAUCAUCUUUCAAGGCCAGAGUCUUAAGAUUCGCCGUCCCCACGAUUACCAGCCCCUGCCCGGCAUGAGCGAGAACCCCAGUGUCUAUGUGCCUGGUAUACAGACAAUUAAUGGUGUGGUGUCCACAGUAGUCCCAGACUCUGCUCACAAGCUCUUCAUUGGUGGCUUGCCUAACUACCUGAAUGAUGACCAGGUGAAAGAGCUGUUGACGUCAUUUGGCCCUCUGAAGGCUUUUAACCUGGUGAAGGACAGCGCCACAGGCCUAUCCAAAGGAUAUGCCUUUUGUGAAUAUGUUGAUGUCAACCUUAAUGACCAGGCUAUUGCUGGACUGAACGGGAUGCAGCUGGGAGACAAGAAACUUCUGGUGCAAAGAGCCAGUGUGGGAUCGAAGAACGCAACUCUGUCGAGUAUAAACCAGACUCCAGUGACGCUGCAGGUGCCAGGUCUGAACAGCUCCGUGACUCAGAUGGGCGGCCUGCCCACGGAGGUGUUGUGUCUGAUGAACAUGGUGGCCCCUGAAGAGCUGUUGGAUGAUGAAGAGUAUGAGGAGAUUGUGGAGGACGUCAGGGAUGAGUGCAGCAAGUACGGCCAAGUUAAAAGCAUUGAGAUACCUCGACCCGUCGAUGGCCUGGAAGUGCCUGGAACCGGCAAGAUCUUUGUGGAGUUCACAUCAGUUUUUGACUCCCAGAAGGCCAUGCAGGGGCUGACAGGCAGGAAGUUUGCCAACAGGGUGGUGGUGACCAAAUACUGCGAUCCAGACGCCUAUCACCGCCGGGAUUUCUGGUAGAGGACGCAUGACGAGAAGAGGGGAAUGGGGAGGGCGUGCACUGCCAGUUUCCAAAUCAGCCCCCAAAGUGAUUUUUUUCUUUUUUUGUAGCGCAACGUUUCAGGUCGAUCUGGGAGUAUUGUUUGUUUGACAGUGGUGAUAUCCAGAUUAUCAUUGGAGAUCUUCACGAAAUAUUCAGCAGUUAAAACAGAAUUGGAAAUAGAGAAGGAGGAGAAUUUGUGGGGUUUGUUUUCAGUACGUAACAAAAGGGGGCUAGGUUUGGUUGCUAGUGGUGUAGCUGGGUGGGUGGGCAAGUCAAAGAUUUUUGAGAAAAAAAAACAAAGUGUGUAAUAAUAGGUCCAGGGGUUGGGCGAACAUUUUUUUUAUACUUUGUGAGACAGGGAUGUCAUUUCUGGGUGGGAGGGGGGGUGCCACACUUUAAGGUUUGUAUUUAAAUGGAGUUAGCCUGUUUUAAGUACAUUAGGACGGAGCCGUGGUAGGGAACUUACUGGAAGAUUGUGGUUGAGAGAUGGUGGGGGGGGGGCUUAAAAAAAAUUGUGACAGGGAGGUUUUAGGGAGAUGGAGAGGAAGACAGGAGGGCAUUUUCAUUUGACCAUCCAGUGUAGAUACACAGUAGCUGUAACAUCCACUUCAGUUUUUCUGUCAUCAUUAGAAAGGCAAGAGAACGCUCUUAUACUCUUAUUAUUUUUUUCCUCCCCCCCCUGUCUGGACUCUGUCAUUUCCUUAUAUUCCUUAUGUUCAUCAUUUUCAUCAGACUGCUGCCCCCCACCCCCCGCCCUUCAGGACGAUCUCUAGAAAAUCUGUUGUCUGAUUGGACUCUAUCUGAAUGUCAACUGUAAUUGUUCUGAUACUGUGUGUAGCUUCACUGAUUUCAGCUGUAAUAUCACCCUGCAUUCAGCCCCUUAGAAUAACACAAACUGCAAAAAAAAAGGAGAAAAAAAUAAUUUUUAAUUAUGCGCUUUUUUUGUUUUUGUUCUAAUUUUUGCAACUUUUGUCACGUCCAUCUUUUGUGAACAGCAUUUUAAAGGUGAGAUUGUUCUGUCUCAGCAGUUCAGCCCUGAUUUAGUUUAAGAGACAAUAAAGACAGAUUGGGAGGGGAUUUCAUGGGGGGAUAUAUAUUUCUUCCUUACCAACGAGCCUUAAUGUUAUUACAUGUCAAUUUGCUAUUGAAAGAAAUAUGGCUUACCCCUCUACCAAUGAUGUCUAUAUAUUCAUGUAUGUCACUGUCUUGUCCUUCAGCCAGCUCACAUUUUUCCUCGUUUCCCAGCAGAUUUGAGAUGUAAGAUGUGUUGGACCCAGUUGUUUGUUUGUGCAGCGUCUCACCUCUUUGACAAGACCAAAUAAACACGCGACGAAUACCCACGACUCAUGUUGUACUGCAGAGUGAAACUAAAAUCACAAAAUGCCAGAUUUGUCUUUCAAAAAAAUAAACAAAAUCAGAAUUAAAAGUAAAACUAACACUACAAUCUCCUUCAGAAAUUUUGGGCUUUGAGGAGAUUAUUUAGGGAAAAACAAAGUAACCCGAUUUUUAAAUUUUAGUGUUCACCGUUAGUCAUUGUUCUGCUGUUGAACUAUUUGGAAAUUUCACUAAAUCUGAGGUCAGCUGUUGGGUUGAUAGAAAACAGUCCCUGUGUACGUAGACACAAUCUGCUUAUCGCUCAUCUCCCUUAUCUUCUGCCCUGUAUCCUCCGAGGACCACAUGUUCAAACUGUAUGGGCUUGAGACUGCUUUCAUUUGAUCCUUUGGUUUGCUUACAGCCCUGAAAGAGAGACUGUGUCAGUGAUAACACUUUAGAGAUGUUACUCCUUACUUUCUGAAAAUCUGCUUUUCUUGUUUCUUUCUUCUUUUUUUUUUUUCUUUUUUUUUUUAAGUGUCUUUUAGUUUUUUUUUCUCUGGAAAAAAUGUGAUUUCUUAAAUGAUUUAAAACCUAAAAGCCACAUAUAGUUUAUAAAAGCAGAAGCAGUCUUUCAUUUGUCCAGUUUGUUUUCAAAUGUUGAUUAAAACAUGAAUUUACAUGA